GGGAAGGAAGCCAGACUGGAGAACGGUAUAAAGGGUGCCCUGGCCCCUGCUCAGCUCAGCACUCCACUAGAAGCCUCUCCAGCCGUCUACCGUGAGUCUGGUUGACCUAAAGCAGCUUCCAAGAUGUCCCAGCAGCACAUUCUGCCAGUGACCCUGCCCCCUGCUCUCAGUCAGGAGCCCCUCAAGCCUGUUUCUCCUCCCACUGAUAUCCAGCAGGAGCAAGUGAAGCAGCCAACUCCACUGCCUGCCCCGUGCCAGGUGGCCUCCGAGCUCCCAGGGGAGGUUCCCUUGGAGAAUGGGGAGAAACAUACACCUCUUGUGAAGGGGGUGCCCGAGCAAGAGUGUGAGCCGCAGCAGCAGGAACAGCAUCUGGAAGAGCAGCAGCAGCAAGAGUCACAGGAGCAGAAACUGCACCUUGGACAGCCACAGCAGCAGGAGUCACAGGAGCAGAAGCUGCCCCUGGGACAGCACGUGGAACAGCAGCAGCAGCAGGAGGAGCCACAGGAGCAGGAAGCGCAGAAGCAGCAACAGGAACAACACGAGGAACAUCACAAAGCGGAAAACCUGGACCUGCAGCUGGAGCAGGAGAAAGCACAAAGGGAGAAGCAGCUCCAAGAACAGCUGGAACAGGAGAAGAAGCUCUUGGACCAACAACUGGAUCAAGAGCUAGCAAAGAGAGGUGGGCAACAGGAGAAGAAGGAAGAGCAGCUGCUGGAGCACCUGGAGAAGAAGGAAGAGCAGCUGCUGGAGCACCUGCAGAAGAAAGAAGAGCAGCUGCUGGAGCACCUGGAGAAGAAGGAAGGGUCUGCAGAGCAGCAGGAGGGGCAGCCGGAGCAGCCUGCAUUUGUCCCAGCUCCCGGCCAGGUUCAAGAAACCCAGCCAGUUCAGCCACUGAAGGGAGAGGUCUUGCUCCCUGCAAAACAGCAGCAGCAGUAGAAGCAGUAGGUGCAGCGGGCCCCCAAACAUAAGUAACCACUCCCAGUGUCCCAGAGGCCAUCCCACAUAAGAGAAGAGAGAACCAGUGGCCUCGCUUACCUCAGGUCCCCAGCUUGGGUGGCCCACCUCAUCUGUGAACCUGCCGGACCCUGUCCUUCUGCAUAUCCCUUUGACGGGGUGGAGGGGAAGGGGAAGUUAUUGCCCAGCACCCACCCUUAAUGAUCCCAAUCCCAACCUCAGGCGGCCAGAGCCUCUGCCUGAGGAGACAGUUUCUACAGCAACUCUGACUUCAUCCCCAGUAUUAUAGCUGAAUCUGUGAGCAUGUACAAUAAUACAGAAUAAAUCCUGGAAGUCCUGGGA